AUGGAAAUUAAGCACACAAAAAGAGCCCUCGCGGUUAGUUUGGAGUCCGACAAGGAGCACCUUAGCCGCGUCAUUCAUGACAUCUCGGGAUCAAGUCCGAUAACUACAGAGGAUACCCUCGCAGGCAUCACGCAUGACCUGCCUCUCAAGACCAAGUAUUACGCCACUACGGUGCCGAUAUGGCUGGACCUUAUCGACUCGCCGUCUGAAUGGGCGUCGUCGUUUCUCUCCACCGAAGCCUCGGAAGUCCUAGCCGUUCUCGGCAGCCUCAUUCUCGUCUUCUCCAUCCCGGAUAGUACGGCGGCUUCUGCAGCAGAUUCCACGCGCCAACUCAUUCGGCAGGUCGGCAAGGUUGUCCACGACGGACUCGGCGGGUGGGCGUGGGAUGGCGUCAAGCUGGCCGUCGGCGUCGGCAGCGCGCUGGACGUGGACGAGUGGGACGAGCUGUGUGCAGAGGCCGGGCUGGAAUUUGUGCAGGUCGGCGGCGGCGAGGACAAGCUGCAGCAAUUUGGCGAAAAAAGUGGCAUACCUCGCGUCAAAGAGGCUCUCGAGGCAAACGAAUGGGACCUGGCCCCUGCGGAUGAGCCCCCGUUUGACGACGAGGUGGCCAACAAACAUAUCUUGGACGACGCGCUCGACCCCGAAAACAUGGAUUUCGGACUGGGCCAGGCCGAUCUCGAGGCGCUGAAAAAAGCCAUCUUCGCCAAUCAGGGUCCAGAACAAGAUUUACAAGACGAUCGGAAAGGAGAGGAUAUUGGCGACGAGGAUGUGGCCAAGGUGCAAGCCAUGAUGAGCAAGCUUCAAGCCGCGCGCGAAGCCGGCGAGACCAUGAGCGAGACGCAGCGGCGAAAAAUGGCCGCCAAGGCGGUGGAGGAGGUAAUGCGGGAGCUCUGA